GCUCGAGGUCCAUUUGAGCCAGGAUACCGGAGAGUAGCGGGCGCGCCACCUGGGUACCGAACUGAACUUUUUCAAGAGAUUCUUGUCAACUCCUUUGGGACCUUCUGUACUACUGAGUCAAAAGCAGUGUUCCCCAUCCGGUUCUCCAUCCACUGGCCCCAGGGACCUACCAGGACGUCUCACUUUUCUUCCUUGAGAGACUGUUUCAGAAUCUGGUGGAAAGACAAGCUCUUUCGUCUUUGAAGCCCUGUGCUGUCUUCAGGAGUUGGGGUAAACGCUGAGAAAACAGAAGACACCCUCGCCCAUCCCCGCCUCCUGCUCUCUGACUGGAGACUCCAGCUGUUCUGUUAGAUACCCCAAAUGGCGGCUAAAAUGGAGAUAACUUUGAGCUUGCAGCCCCACUCGCCAGAUUCCCCAGAACAAGAGCGGCACAUAAUAGCAAAGCUGGAAGAGAGACGGGAACCUCCGCUGCAGAGUACCUGCCCGGAUCCUGAGCUCUCCCGCCAACGCUUCAGACAGCUUUGUUAUCAAGAGGUGUCUGGACCCAAGGAGGCGCUGUGCCGCCUUGAACAGCUCUGCCGGGACUGGCUGCAGCCGGAGCUGCACACGAAGGAGCGCAUCCUGGAGCUUCUGGUGCUGGAGCAGUUCCUGGUCAUCCUGCCGCCGGAGAUCCAGACGUGGGUCAGGAAAAGAGCUCCCUCGAACAGCCAGGAGAUGGUGGACCUGGUGGAAGAGUUUCACAGAGCCUCCAAGAGACCAAAGCAGUGGGUGGCCGUCUGUAUGCAGGGGCAGAAGGUACUCUUGGAGAAAACUGGAGCUCAACUAGGAGAACAGGAAUUGCCAGACUUUCUGGAGGAGUCUUCUGAGGCAGAACCUCAGGACCAGCUGAGUCAACAUCACGGGGAGAAAUCCCAGCUCCUCCAGGAUGAAGUCCCUAAAUUGGAUGAGACAGAGGCCACGAGAAUGAGAAAUGACAACAAGGAGAAUCCACAACAGGAAGGGACUAAAGGAACAAAGCCUUGUGCAGUCUCAGCUGACAGAUCCAAAGGGAAUGGUCUACAGAGUCCUGAAUCUAGAGUGGUGAAUAUAAGUGAACUCCGGUUAUCACCAAGACAUGUCAGCCCCACCAAUGGUCAAAAGCCAUUCACUCACCACCAGACACAUUGCAGGCAACUGGAGUAUAUUAGCACCCCCAUAAAAACUCACCUACUGAGGGAGAUGAAGAAAAGCAAUCAUUUGGAACAUCUUGGGCACCCGAAGAAAGCGUAUAAAUGUGAUCACUGUGGGAAAAGCUUCUCGUUUAAUUCAGAGUUAGAAAGACACAAGAGAGUCCACACAGGGGAAAGACCCUAUACGUGUGAAGUGUGUGGAAACCGCUUUGGGCGGCAGUCAACCCUGCAACUACAUCAAAGGAUCCAUACUGGAGAGAAGCCUUUUCAUUGUGACCUGUGUGGGAAAAGCUUUCGCCAGAAGUCAAACCUUCACAAGCAUCAAAGACUUCACCAUGGAGUAUAAAAGAGGAGCGUCAGCCUUUAUACUGAAAAGGAAGGGCUCCGUACUUCUCCUUCCUCUUCUUGCAUGUAAAUCACUAAGACUAUGUGACUUACAAGAAAGAGGUCCCUGAGGACGUGAUGGUAUGUAUUUGGCUAGGGGAGGAGACCCAGAAGAGGCUGACAGGGACUUACCCAAACACAGUGUCAAGGGUAAAGAGGUGGCAGGUUUGUGCAUUGGGUCAAGGAGAACUACAAUCUCUGUUGGAAAGAUGGGAGUAAAUACCGUGGAAGAGACAGGAUGAUCCUGCUCCUCUUACUGUUAAAUAUUCUCCCUUUUGCUUUAUCCUCUAAAAAAGGCUAAAGGAUAAUUCUACACAUAGUAGUGCAGUUGCUAUCACACCAGUCUUUUACCAUGCUCAUACUUCUUCAGUAAAGUUGAGUGAUCCACCAGCACUUCGAAGCAACAGUUAAUUGGAGUGUAACUCCCGAUAGAACUCCUGACUGCUCACACAAAGGAUUACAUUAAAUGAGUGUGUCAUGUUUUUGUUUCCAAAUAACUAAUAGGUACAUUUAUAAAAAAUUAUUAAAAAUGUAUGUAUAGACAUAUAUUUAUAUAUGCAUAUGAUCUUUUUUAUAUUAAAGCAUCUUUCAUUUAGAAAGUCCACACAACUCCAGCCAAGAGACAGAUGUUAUUGAGAGGUGAGAAAUCCUACCAUAUGCUAUAAAAGACUGUUUAAAGACUUUAACUUUUUUCUCAUAAUUUAUACCUUUUGGACUUAGCCUGUCCCAGGCCAAAAGAAGUAGGUGUUCAGUAAUUGAGAACCCUCCUUCCCCCUCCAGACCCAUUUCGCUUGAGAUGCAGAAGGCCCAAACCUCUGCCAAGCUCAGUGGCCUCAUCCAAGAUCUCCUCCCUAACUACUGUUAGACAAUCCACAUCUAGCUUAAUUCAAGUUCUUUCCCCAAAGGGAAGGAACAUAGAUUCCCAUUUUUCUUAUUUAAAAGAGUUGGAGGCAAGAACUCUUCCUGAAAUAAGAGUUCUGCUUCCACGAUGUGUUUUGAAGUUCUUGAAAAAGAAUAAAGGCGUCUUGAGUGUUUUCUCCUGUUGAAUCUUAAGUGUUGUUGAGUACUUGUUCAGUCCUGGACCUUGAGUAAAUGUGACAAAGUCACCAUUCCAAACAUCACUCCUAUUUCCAGUAGGUCUUCAAAUGUGACUCACUCCUUUCCCUCCCUUCCAGCUGUGUUAACUUUAGCCCCUAAAAGGCUCAGCUCUAGGUGAGUAGGACCCAAUAAGGAAGUAGGCACGUGGGUACUGAGCUUCAUUUACAGACAUGUACUUACUGUUACAAAUAUAGGGGCCCCUUGAUUCCCUUUGCCAAUGUGGGACUCCAUCAGAAUGUUGACCUGGUUUGCAAUCAGCAACUAUGUGCUGCACCCCAAUAUAAGAAAAUAUAAUUGCAACCCUUCUAUUUGUGACCUUUUCUGGACUCUACCUAGUAAUUAUCCUUAUGGUGGUAGUCCUGUGUAAGUUAUUUGGUCUUUGGAGUGGACUCCGGUAAAUGGAGAGGAGAGGGGAAGUCUCACUGGACCUGUGGGGAAUCUGGACCUCACAGAUUUAUCUGAAAAGCAUUUUUCAGUCUACAGGAACUAAAGACUUCAUAAAUCUAUACCUUAACAUAUUAUUACCAGCAAAAGGAACCAACUCCCUAGUAACCGUCCCAUGGACCGUGUUGAAUUUUGUCCUGAUUGCUUCUAAAAUACUAUUUUUUGUCAAUUAAUUGAUAUCGGUCCCAUAAAUUGCAUAAAACGUCUAUCCAGUGGUGGUAGUGUAUUCAGCGUGCUUACCCACCCCCAUCGAAUUUCAGGACAUUUUCCACAGCUCACAAAGAAACCAUGUAGUCAUGGACAGUCAGUCCCCAUUCCAGACUACCCUCAACACCUUCCUUUUUCACUUAGCAUAAAGUUGUCAAUGUUUAUAGUCUUGUUGAAGUCUGUAUCGGUAUUUUCUUUUCAUUGCCAAGUAAUACUCCAUUAUACGAGUAUUUGUUUAUCCCUUCAUCAGCUGAUGGACAUUUGGGUUUCUACCUUUUGCUUAUCUAAAUAAUGCUGCUAUAAAUAUUGGUGUACAA